AGUAAAGGCGAUAAGUCGGGGACCGAGAGUUCGUGUUGAAGGCUGUUUUCUCUCUCACGAAAGUAACGAUGAAACCUUUAACUGACACAUUUCUUAUCACGCAUUACUGUUGAAUAUAUUUCAGUUGUAUUCGAAGAAGUUUUCUUCACGCGCAUCUUUUUUUUUUUUGCCCGCUUAUUUUCAAAUAUCGUUUUCGACGGGCGCGCGAUUUUUCCUAUACCGUAAUUGUGUGGCGAAGUGGCGGUUUUCAAGGAAGAAUUUAUAUUUCUUUGAACGCCAUUUCGCGCGCGCGCGCGUCUUUCGUGCUUUUCAUUUUACCGUCAUCACCGUGUAAAAAAGCAAUAUAUUUGCUUUUCUUCGUCGAACAAGAGGGGUUUUGUCCAUACGGACGAGAAGCUUAAGUUCGAGUUGAUUGUGUUUUUGUUGGGUUGCGAUUGUUGGGCGCUCUAAGAAAAGCAUAAUCUACGUAUUCGGAGCAGCUGCUACUGGUGGUCGUGUGGAUUUUCUGGUGCUGGUAUUUUCGUGGUCAUUUCAGGAAAAUGGCUUCGAUCGUUGCUGCGGCUAACAAUGAUGAUCGCGUUCACUUGAUUUGUCGUUUUUACACACGCGGCAUGUGUCGGUUUGGUAAUUUGUGCCGAUUUAUUCACCCUGACCCAUCUCAACCUACAGCAGCUGGCGUUGAUGGAGGCAGCCAGCCGGCUUCAAAUAGAUUGCAUGACUCUCAUACAGCCGCGGCUACAACGUCUGCUCAGACAGACCCGAAGAAAUGGGUACUUGCACCGGUCUUUGUACCGAAAAAUCAGCAGAGAAUAAGUAUCGAGCCUGGAAGCAGUAGUUCGAACGAUAACUGCAAGGAUGAGGCUUCAGCCAGUUCAACAACAUACGCCGCUGUUGUGGUGGGUCCUGGCGGAACGGUAGUACAAUCGGAUGUCAGCUCAGAGGAGACGACGACAACCUGCCCGUACCAAUUUAAUUGUCCUUACGGCGACAUGUGUACAUAUGAGCACAAUCAAAUGUGUGAAAUGUGCGGUCGCUAUAGUCUCCAUCCGACGGACAAGGAACAGCGAAAAUCGCAUAUUGCCCUUUGCAUACAACAGCACGAGAAAGACAUGGAACUGUCGUUUGCUAUAGCUCGUUCCAAAGACAAAACUUGCGGCAUAUGCUUCGAGAUAAUCAUGGAGAAAAGUGGACGCGAGCAACGAUUCGGGAUACUACCAAAUUGCAAUCAUAUUUUCUGUCUGGAAUGCAUACGGAAGUGGCGACAAGCGAAGCAGUUCGACAACAAAAUUAUUCGUGCAUGCCCUGAAUGUCGUAUCCCAUCCGAUUAUGUUUGUCCGAGUGCCUUCUGGGUUGAAACGAAAGAUGAGAAAGAGAAGCUGAUCACCGACUAUAAAAAGGCUUUAGGAGAAAAAGAUUGCAAAUAUUUCAAAAAGGGCGAAGGGAAGUGUCCAUUUGGCAAUAAAUGUUUUUAUAAGCAUGCUCUCCCGGGUGGCGAGCGAGUCGACGUCGGCGUACCAAAACGAAACAAAAGGAAAAUUCAACGAGCAGAUGAUGAGAUUUUGGAUCUUUUCGAUUUAUAUUUAUGGGAUUUCGUUGAUCGUCGUGAAUUUCACUGGCUUGAAAUUCUAUCAAAUUUCACAGAUAGCGGAGACUCCGAUUGGUCAGAAGAUUUCGAAUAAACCAAGGAGUUAAAUGCUUCAA